CCAGUGGAGUCUAGUUUGGGUUUUGACUAUCCCCUCUCUACCCAUCCAUUUGCUAGUUGUUGUCCUCGUUUCGCUAUGAUUUGGUUAUCAACAGUUCCAUAGCCGCUGACAGCAGGCUUUGGACCCUUUGUUUAUGCGCUUUGACUUACUGAUCUCUUUAUUUCACCAUCAUUUCUUUCUCCUUGGCUCUUUCUUGUUGUAUCUUUAUUUACAUGAAGAAACAAAGCCCAAGUCAUAUAUUUUUUUUUCUAUAUUGUCUCUAGAUCUCUACCUAUCUAACUGUUUUGGUGGGGUUGGUGUUAAUGGAUUGGAACUUCAGCGGUGAUAGUAACUGGUAUUGUGGUGAUUUUGAGGCAACAAUGGACUACAUUUUCAGCUUCAAAGUCAUUUAGAUCAAUUCUGCGGUGAACUUAUAAAGGGGGCUCUUGAUUUGCUACCAAUCAUUACCUCUUUAGUGUAAUUUGAUAAAAGGGUUUUCCUAAUUCUUGUUAACAACAAGCUUUGACCCUUUGUAUGGAACUUUGGAACGAUAAUUGAAUAAAUUUGGCGAUCAUCACAAUGGGGGGGCUUUGCUCGAGGAGCUCGACUGUAGAUAAUGCUCCCAGUGGAGGCUUUCUGCAGUUGAAUGGUCAUUUUAGUCAUGGGUCUGGUUUGGUUUUUCAGACUCGUGAAUUGAAAAUAGAUAGCAAUACAAAUCCAUCUCUAGCUGGGGAGAACAACGUGGAUAAUAAGCAGCUAAGAGAACCCUUUUCAUUUCCGGAGGUGAAUGUGGUUCAAUAUGGGAUGAAUCCAGAUGACAUCGAUGAUGGGAUUCCUCGCUUGUCAAGGGCUCUGUCCAAUAAAUCCAGAUCAACCAAGUCCACGCCAGUAGCUGUUGCAAAGGUCUCAGAAGUGAGCUCACUGUUGGGAAGAGCUGGUACUGCUGGGCUUGGAAAGGCAUAUGAUGUAUUGGACACACUUGGUAGUAGCAUGACCAAUUUAAAUCUUAGCAGUGGUGGUUUUACCUCUGGAGUGACCACAAAAGGGAAUAAGAUUUCAAUUUUGGCUUUUGAAGUUGCAAACACAAUUGUUAAGGGUGCCAAUCUAAUGCAAUCCCUUUCAAAAGAGAACAUUAGACAUUUAAAAGAGGUUGUGCUUCUCUCAGAGGGGGUGCAAAAUUUAAUAUCAAGUGACAUGGAUGAACUCUUGAGGCUAGCAGCAACUGAUAAGAGAGAAGAACUGAAAGUUUUUUCCGGAGAAGUGGUGCGUUUUGGAAAUCGUUGUAAAGAUCCUCAGUGGCACAACUUGGACCGUUAUCUUGAAAAGUUGGGUUCUGAAUUGACACCUGAAAUGCAAUUGAAGGACGAAGCUGAGGCAGUUAUGCAUCAAUUGAUGAAUUUGGUUCAGUAUACAGCAGAACUGUAUCAUGAAAUGCAUGCCUUGGACAGAUUUGAACAAGAUUACCGCCGUAAGCUUCAGGAAGAUGACAAAACAAACGUUGCUCAAAGAGGGGAUAGUCUUUCAAUUUUAAGGGCCGAGUUAAAGAGUCAAAGGAAGCAUGUGAAAAGUUUGAAGAAGAAAUCACUCUGGUCGAAGAUUUUGGAAGAGGUGAUGGAGAAAUUGGUCGAUAUUGUCCAUUUCUUGCAUUUGGAGAUUCAUGAAGCCUUUGGUAGUGCUGAUGGCGAUAGACCAGUAAAAAGUUCUUUGAAGCAUAAAAAGUUGGGGCCUGCUGGUCUUGCAUUGCAUUAUGCAAAUAUUAUCACCCAAAUUGAUACUCUUGUGUCCCGAUCAAGUUCUGUUCCUCCAAAUACGAGGGAUGCUUUGUACCAGGGAUUGCCACCAAAUAUAAAAUCUGCUUUGCGCUCAAAAUUACUGUCAUUUCAAGUUAAGGAAGAGCUGACAGUUUCACAAAUCAAAGCUGAAAUGGAGAAAACUUUGCAUUGGCUUGUUCCUAUUGCUACUAACACAAACAAAGCUCAUCAUGGAUUUGGCUGGGUUGGAGAAUGGGCGAAUACAGGGUCUGAGGUGAAUCGUAAACCUGCUGGACAGACUGACUUGCUCAGAAUAGAGACACUACACCAUGCAGACAAGGAGAAGACUGAAAUUUAUAUUCUUGAGUUGGUGGUUUGGCUUCACCAUCUUGUCAGCCAAGUAAGAGCUGCCAAUGGCGGUCUCAGAUCUCCAGUUAAAUCUCCAAUUCGGUCACCAAAUCAGAAGACAAUUCAAUUGUCACAAAGGCCAAGCUCUCCAUCCUCUAUGUUGACAAUUGAAGACCAAGAGAUGCUUCGGGAUGUGAGUAAGAGGAAAAAGACUCCUGGGAUAAGUAAGAGCCAGGAAUUUGAUACUGCAAAAACCAGGUUAAGUAAGCAUCAUCGACUGAGUAAAAGUAGUAGCCACUCGCCGAUGGGUGAAACUAGAAAAGAUCCGUUUCCCAUCAGAAGGCCAUCAUCUGUUCCUGUCAUUGACUUUGAUAUAGACCGUAUGAAGGCCUUGGAUGUUAUUGAUCGAGUGGACACAAUUCGAAGCUUGUAGUCUAUCAUCAUGUAGAUCAGGAUGCAGAGACAAAGGUCAGUGCUUGUGAAAAUUGAAAAGGUCAAAUCAAAUGCAAAUUCACCAUGUUGGAUAUUGUGUCUUGGUUUGUGGCGGGGAAGAUUUCACGUCAGUAGGCAGAUGAUGAGUGAAAAGUCAUUUCUUUUUUGCAUGUGAGAAUUUAAGUUGGUAAGUUAAUUGUUCAGGGGGAGGAUUUAAUUGUUUUAGAGGAUAUCAGGCUAUAGUUUUUGUUAGUUGUACAUGUACAAAUUGAGUUCAUAAUAAUUGAAGUCCAUGUUCCUUUCCAUGA